AUGGCUCACCAGCAGCUGGAAACUUCAUGCUGGUGGACCACAACAGUUUCUCUCUCGGUACCUCGAUUAGGCCCCGAGGGCCAGGAUCAAAGCCAGAGUCGCCUUGCCCCUGGCACCCAGGCACAAGCAGGGCCAUGCUGCACACAUUUACCACGUAUAAUCGAGAAAUUAUAUUCUCGACCUCCAGCCUUUGGACAGGAACGAGAACUGGCGCAGAAACCGACUUCCUCCCUCCAAAAGCAAGGUGGCAACGGAAAAAAGCAUGCACUGGGGACAAGAUACUGCGGCAAGCUGGGAUGGUACGGCCCCUUGAGAUCUAGACGCUUGACAUUGCUUGAUUCUGCAAUGGAUCUGCUUGAGGGCACCGACGGAAUGCUGGGAGACGGGCUCCCAUGCAAAGCUCAUGCCGUUCAGUCUGCGGGUACCAGCCCAGCUUGCCGCAUGGAUCCUUCCUGCUGUAUAGCGUAUUGCCCAUUCGCAUUCUGCUGGAUGGCAUUCAAAUGCCAAGCGGCUACACGACAAGUGGUAGCACAGCCUGGCCGAGUAGGUUGGUCUGCCAGAAUCGCCCUGCCCUGCCCAGCCAGGGAGAUACAAGACAGCACUCGAAUCUUUCACUCGAAAGACUUGUUUGGCCAUCGGGAUCAGAGAAAUAGAAAACGACAUGCCCUGGCCCCAAGGAGAGACGUCUCAAGUUGGCCGGACCUCCAAGUAGGGAAGGAGAGCCCAGCUGGCCGCCAGAACGUUCUUCUCCCCACGACUUCUACUUGGAGACUACUUCAAGCAGAUUCUCUGCAAUCCGAUCUUCCACUCCAGGCAGAUCUACCCACAAUGCCCAGACUCAACGAUGGGGAGGAAGGCAUAGAUAGCAGCGCCGUUGAGAAAUACGCCAAGUGGCCACCCCCGCUGAUGAAAGAAAUUUGA